GGCAAAUAACAAAAGGAACGUUAUAAACGAAAAAGAAAAAAUACAUGCCUGCUACUCCUGCAGCACCACCAGAAGCCACAACUUUUUUUUUUCUCUCACUUCUAAGAAGAGUUCUUCUUCAAUAAAUGCACCCCCUUUGAGGACUUCUUCUUUUUCAAUACCAACCCAGAUAAGAAAAAGUUAUAAAGUUAUUAUCUUUGUCUGUUUCAGAACAACCCAGUUAAUAAUAUAAAUAAUCCUUGUUUUUGCAAUAUUUUUCUGAGAACCCAUUUUUCAUUUUCUCUCUCAUCUUGUGGUGCUAGUUGUUCUUUUGAGAAUAGUGGGUGUUUUUGUGCUUAAAACUAUAAUGUCUGUCUUAAAGUACAGAAAUCUUUUUCUUUGUCUGGUUUCAUGGUUGUGCUGUUGUUGUGUGGCUGUGGCUUCGAGUGAGAGUAGUAUUGGUUCCAAAGACCUUGAUCAGACACCAACAUGGGCUGUGGCUGGUGUCUGCACUGUUUUCAUCUUGAUAUCCAUAACUCUGGAGAAAAGCCUUCACAAAGUGGGAACGUGGCUAAGGGAAAAACACAAGAAAGCUUUGCUUGAGGCUUUGGAAAAGGUCAAAGCUGAGUUGAUGGUUCUUGGUUUCCUUUCACUGCUUCUGACUUUCGGGCAGAGUUACAUUGUUAGAAUAUGCAUUCCUAUGGAUGUGGCAGACAAAUUGUUGCCAUGUCCUUAUGUUGGUAACGACAAGGGAUCAAGUAGUGAAGAGGAACACCGUAGGAAACUUCUUUCUUAUGAACGCAGAUAUUUGUCAGAUGAUGCUACCCCUUACCAAUGUAAGGAGAGACAUCAGCCACUUAUAUCUGGCAAUGGAUUGCACCAGUUACACAUCCUCGUAUUUUUCUUAGCAGUCCUACAUGUGUUUUACAGUGCCAUUACAAUGCUUCUUGGGAGAUUAAAGAUUCGUGGAUGGAAGGCAUGGGAGGCGGAGACUUCAUCUCAUGGGUACGAGUUCGCCAAUGAUCCUUCAAGAUUCCGGUUGACACAUGAAACAUCAUUUGUGAAAGCUCACGCUUCUUUUUGGACAAGAUAUUCAAUCUUCUUCUAUAUAGGAUGCUUCUUUAGACAAUUUUAUAGGUCUGUAGGCAAGGCUGACUACUUGGCUUUGCGCAAUGGAUUUAUCACGGUUCACCUGGCUCCUGGAAGUAAAUUUAACUUCCAAAAGUAUAUCAAAAGAUCCUUGGAGGAUGACUUCAAGGUAGUUGUUGGAGUCAGUCCUGUCCUCUGGGCAUCGUUUGUUGUUUUUCUGCUCCUAAAUGUUAACGGAUGGCAUGCUAUGUUUUGGGCAUCCUUAAUUCCUGUUGUGAUAAUUUUGGCUGUUGGAACAAAACUUCAAGCUGCACUGGCAAACAUGGCUAUUGAAAUUACAGAAAGACAUGCUGUUGUCCAAGGGAUUCCUCUUGUUCAAGGCUCAGACAGAUAUUUUUGGUUUGGUCGGCCUCAAUUAGUUCUUCAUCUUAUCCAUUUUGCUUUGUUCCAGAAUGCGUUCCAAAUAACAUAUUUCUUGUGGAUAUGGUAUUCUUUUGGGCUGAGAAAUUGUUUCCAUGCUGACUACAAGCUUGCAGUAGUGAAAGUAGCUUUAGGGCUUGGGGUGCUAUGUCUCUGCAGCUACAUCACCCUUCCAUUAUAUGCUCUUGUUACUCAGAUGGGCUCAAGAAUGAAAAAAUCAAUAUUUGACGAACAAACAUCGAAGGCGUUGAAGAAAUGGCACAUGGCUGUGAAAAAGAAGCAAGGAGUGAAACUUGGAAAUUCCAAGGUGCGAGCCAUGGAUGGAAGCAGCACUGAUUCAACAAUACACUCUUCUGGCCCCACACUACACCGUUACAAAACUACCGGUCACUCAACUCACUUCGUAUCAAACUACGAUGACCAAGAUGAUUACCAUUCUGAUACCGAGUUGUCUUCCAUUUCACCAACACCAAACUUGAUAGUAAGAGUGGACCAUGAUGAGGAAGAAGCAAAAGAAAAUGAACACCACCCAACAGCCAACAAUCAAGAGGCCCCUUUACAUUUGUCAAGCCUGGAAAGAAGCAUGAAAUAGCAUCAGAAGUUACUCCAUUCAACCAUUCUUUGUUCUUUUACAGCUUUCUAGAUAUUGUUAUACUUGAUCAUGAUAUAGUCAGUUUUGUACAUUCUUGUUCUUAAAAACACUUGCCGGGCAUUGGAAACUUUUAAGCUUGCUCAAAAUCAUGCUUAUAGCCUUAUUAUAUUGCUUUGAUUCGUGUGCUUGAGCAAAAGGAUCGUUAGGAACAAUUAGAGGACAGAAUUGUUAGGUAUAUUAUGUGUUAUAUGUUGAAGGGUAUAUGUAAAUCCCAAUUAUAAUAUAAGCUUUUUGGCCAAGUAGAGCAUAUAGAAGAAUAUACAUUCAGUUACACCGGCUCUGUAGGUUCUGCAAUAUUCUUACAUUGUAUGAUUCCCGGUUCUUGAAUUUGUUGAUUAAACCUGGGAUGAGAAGGUUGAGGUAAGAGCUGCAGUUUAUUUUUAUUUUUUGUGUUAUACGAGUUGGUCAACUGAUCGAGAAUCUAUUAUCUAUUACUGUACGUAUCUAAUAAAAUCUAACUCUUAUC